GUAUCAAAAAAAAAAAAACAAAAAACAAAACAAAAGUCCGCUCUUCUCCCAACUCACGUUCUAUUUCGUUCUUUUCGCGUUAUCGACGAUCGGUCUAGAGAUCUGUCUUCCCCGUAACAGACUUGAGGGUGCAAUUUGAGCAUGGCAACCAAGUAUAUCAUUUCUGCUGUAAUAGCAUCAUUUGGAGUUGCGUGGAUUUGUGACACUUCUGUUUCUGACUCAAAGAUGUUUGGAGGCACUACCCCCAAAACAGUUUCAACUAAGGAGUGGUUUGAAGAGACUGACAAAAAAAUCCAGGCAUGGCCUCGCACUGCUGGUCCUCCGGUGGUUAUGAAUCCCAUAAGUCGCCAGAAUUUCAUCGUCAAGUCCCGCUCUGAUUCUUGAAGAAUUUUGUGGUUGGUUAAAUCUCAGUCAUAAACUACGAGAUUCUUGCAGCGCAGUUUAUUUUUUUGGCAAUUAAAUUUAUUUAAAAAUAAAUAAAUGUUGAUGAAUAGAUCAAUCAUGAAUAGAUUGAUACAUUUCCCCUCGGAUCAAGAUUUUAUGAGCUGUUUGAAGAGUGAAUAUAAGAGUGUUUAUUUUAA